AGUGAAGUAACACUAACACAAAAAAAUAAAAAUAAAGAGAAACAGAGAAAGAAUAGCGAAGAAACGCAAAAAUGGAGGUGGGAAUGUCUCUAAACGCGCUGGUUCGGCUUCCUUUAUCGAGUUCAAGAACCCACGAAGACGUGCUUGUUAAGCACUCGCUUUUCUCUUCUAGAAUCACAACCCUAAAGUCCCCUCGUCAGAGACAAAUGUUGGUAGUUGAAGCUAAGGGGAAAAGAGGAAUGCAACCUCGCCAGUUUCAAAGACCUCCUCCUCCUUCCUUGCCCAAGAUUGAAGACGAUGGCAACCCUCGUUUUGUUAUCUUCAUUCGUAUGGCCAAUGUUUAUCUUUGGUACCCACUUAGUAUAGUAUCAGGGGGCACCACUGCCAAAAUCAUGGUUGCCGCAAAAGAUAAUUUUCUUGGCAAAUAUAUAUACAAAGAUACACUUGCUAGAAAUCUUGCUGCUGUUAUUUACAGGGAUGAGAAGGAGAUACAGAAGACAGCAUUCAAGCAAUUUCGUGUAUUGCGGUCGGCUACUGAAUUCAGAUACGGAUACAAACUUGUGGAAAAUGGCAAUUUGAGAGCUGCACUUUCUACUACUGAUGUCAUUGAGCUUCCAACUCCAGACAAGCUAAAGACAGUGUUUGAUAAAGUGAAAGACAUCUUUGGGGAUGCAAAAGAAUCAUUCGGGAAGCUAACAGCACUAGAUGCCAACGCCACUGAGGACUCAGAGGAAAAUUCUAAGAAAAAAGCCAAGGUUUAAGGCUGAAGGUCAAGCAAGCAUUUGAUAGACAUAUUCCAGUAUCCCGUGCUCAGUGAGAUUGGAAAGUAUUGUGGUUUAUAGAAAGUUGCACAGAGGUGGUGGAUGCAAACACUGAUUAUACAAUUUUGUUUGUAGACUUUGUUUACGGAACCAAAUAUUUGUUGUCAGUAUCAUCUGAAUGCAAAUUCUGCUUGUUUCUCAAAACAGUGAAAUUUUUAUAGUAUUACAUUUGUUGUCGAAGAAGUAUAUCAUCACGAAGCUCCCAGUGAUUGCUUCUAGAUAAAAACUAUGUUUUGUCAUCCUUUUAAAAAUAUAACUUGAAAUCAUAAACCCCGAUUAACCAUCAUUUUCCUUGGGUUCAUAAUCCUUGUUAGCUGUUGGGACAAGUCCCAGAGCAGUUUUUUUCCUUGUGGCAAGCCCAAAAAUCUCUUGAAGGUCAACGUCCUCGGCCUCAACUCCUUGAGGCAAUGCCCAAUCGAAAUGCUGUAUAAGUCUAGCAAGUGCCAA